AUGUUAUUAUUAAUAGUACUAAUUCAAGGCUGUCGUGCAUUCACUAAACUAUCACCGUCUGCUGAAUCAAAAUUGGACUAUUCUACAGUCACUACUACAUUGCUACCUCGUGAAUUAAAAUUGGGCUUUAUUGGACCCACUAAUGCUGAUAAUACAGUCAGUCAAACAGGCGGUCGUCCAGCACUGAUCGCAUUUAAAUUAGCUAUUGACGAUAUCAAUAACCGUACCGAUCUUCUACCAAACACCACAUUGACCUACGUGUGUAACAAUACAAAUUCAAGUGUUGGUCUGGGUAUAAUUGCUGCAUCUGAUCAGAUUGCAGAACACAAAGUAAUUGGGAUUGUGGGUGAAUAUAAUUCACUGGUGACGCAGUCCAUUCAAUAUGUUGCUCGUCAUUACAAAAUACCACAAAUAUCAUAUGGUGCUACGUCAACCAUAUUUACUUCUGAUCAAAGCGAACAAUAUCCAUACUUUGUAAGAACAAUACCUGAUUUAAACUCAGAACUACACGCUCUAGCCCGUUUUAUAGCGAAUCAAAGCUGGCACCGUAUAGCUCUACUAUACGGUACUGAUAGGCCCAAUUUUUACAAUGUACUCAAAUUUGGCAAUUCAACCAGGGAAUUUGGUGUUGAAAUUGUAGUUCAGCGUGCAUUUGUCAGUGGGGAAUCAAAUGUAGAUCUAAGAUAUCAAUUUGACUUAAUCAGAAACUCAUCAGUACGUGUUAUUGUAUUUAUUGGCACGAUCAAAGAUCAGCAAGAGGUCAUAAGAAAUUGUCUUCUACAUGCCAGAGACCUUUUUUCACGAGGUUACCAAUGGAUCGGCGUCCACAACAGUAUGUUUCAAGAGCUUUAUCGAAAUAAUUCAAAUGAUAAAAUAAUACUAGAAUAUCAUAAUUGGACUGAAGGCUUUCUCGGAUUACAAAAUUUUGCAGAUGAAAACUCAGAGAUGUACAGACAAUAUAAAAAUCGCUUUUGGCAUUCGGUCUCAAACGACAGUGAUACACUUACCAUUAAUCCAACAUACAGAGACUCAUCAGUUCCACUUAUUGCCAAUUUUGCCUAUGAUGCAUGUUUCAUGUUUGCUCACGCUCUUCAUAUAAUGAUUGAAGAAUUGGGGCAAGAUCCGACGCUGGAGAAGCAUCGUGAAAAGUAUAUGGAAGUGUUGAAAAAAGUCACGUUUCAAGGCGUGACCGGAAACGUCUCGGUCAAUGAAGACGGUGAUCGCUCAGCUCCGUUUGACAUUCUUAAUUUUGUAAAUGGUUCAUUGGUUAAGAUCGGCUCAAUCACGGCUGAAGCUAAAAACUUAUCGUUUGCACAAAAUAUUCCAUAUGCAUCAAAAAAUUUAUUUACCCGAUAA